AUGCCCAGAAAACGCCAGCGUAACACCGAAAGAGGGCAAUAUGAUAUUAGCAAAUUUGAACAAGCUUAUGAUGAAGUAAAACGCGGGAUUUCUAUACGAAAGGCUGCAGGAACGCAUGCACUUAAUCGAAUGUCGUUAUUGCGAUACAUUCGCAAACGUGAUGAAGCUGGUGCCGAUCCCGAUGUGAGCAGCAUCAGUAUGGGCUAUGUUGCUCACAACAAAGUAUUCUCUACGGAUCAGGAACAACAACUGUCAAAAUAUAUCACAAGUUUCGCCGAAAUAUGUAUAGGCCUAUCCAAAACAGAGAUACGACAGCUGGUAUUCGAUUUCACUACAAAAUACAAUCUAAAGCGACCUGAUGCUUGGGCUAGGAAUAAGAUGGCUGGCGAGGAAUGGCUCCGUUCAUUCAUGAGUAGAAACCCAUCACUGUCUGCGCAUGUAGCUCAAGCUACAAGUUUUUCAAGAGCUACAAGUUUCAACAGAACUAACGUGGAAGCUUUUUAUAAAAAUUUGCAAACUAUUCUGGACAGUCAUGCAUAUGAGCCACAGGAUAUAUACAAUGUUGAUGAAAUAGGUGUUACUACCUCGCAACGACCUGAUAAAGUAGUGAAAAAACGUGAAAUACAGCAAGUGGGAGCUGAACCUGCCACAUUAGUCACAGUCGUUUGUGCAGCCAACGCUUUGGGAAACGCAAUCCCUCCUGUUUUUAUAUUUCCGGGGGCUUUUUAUGAAGACAAUUUUGUCGAAAGCGGACCAGUGGGUUCAGUUGGAACUGCAAAUUCUGCAGGCUGGAUGCAGGAUGCAGCAUUUUUGGUAUUUCUUGAACAUUUCAAAAAGUUUUCUAAUGCAUCUUUGACACAUAAAGUCUUACUGGUGCUGGACACUCAUUCUUCUCAUGUUCAUAUUGAUACAAUAGAUUUUUGCAAAGAAAAUGGCAUUACCUUGCUGUCAUUUCCUCCACAUUGCUCGCUCAAACUGCAGCCAUUAGACCGAUCUGUCUUUGAACCAUUCAAAGAAGCUAUUAAUACAGCAUGUGACGUAUGGAUGCAAAGUAAUCCUGGCAAGAUAAUGUGUAUUUAUGAUAUACCAGGUGUUAUCAAGAUUGCGAUGCCUCAAGCUUUUACGCAAACAAAUAUUCAGACAGGUUUUAUCGAAACUGGAAUUUAUCCGUUCAAUUGUAAUGCAUUCCCGGAAGUUGAGUUUUUGCCAUUUUUUGUAUCGAAUAGACCAAACCCUGACAUAACAAAAGGUUCUUUGAAAGAAACUGGUCAGGUCCAAAGAAAGAUUCCACAAUCGGCAUCAACAUCCAAACCAAAACAAAACCUCUGUAUGUUUUGUGGAAGCCCAUAUUCUGGAAAAAAGGGUGGCGAAAAAUGGAUUCAGUGUCAAGGAACGUGCGGUUCCUGGUCCCACGUUGAGUGCGCGGGUGAUUCUUACAUUUGUCACUACUGCAAUGAUUCUGACUAG